UGUAAUGCUGAAUGGCCGUAUGAGGAGGUUCGUAAAAUGGCUCUUCUGACUCCUGAAGAAAUGAAGGAGUUUGAAGAGAAGAUGUUUAAAAAUUGUGAGGUUCUGUUUAAAAUCAAAUCAUGUCCUGGCUGCAAGUGUCGUGUGGUGAGAACUAGCCUCAGUGAUCUCAGUGUCCGCUGCUCAGUGUGCACAGCUGAGAAAAAGAAGGACUACAGAUUCUGCUGGCAGUGUUUGAGGGAAUGGAAAGGUCCAAUUCUACGAUCAGACCGCUGUGAUAAUGAUGGCUGCAAUGCUCUACUUGAAACACUGAGAACGUGUCCAGACAUCAUCUUUAAGAAUGUGAAGGGGGUCACUGAUUGUCCCUCCAUACGAGCCUGUCCCACCUGUGGCCUAAGCGUGAAGCAUAACACACAAAACUGUAAAAACAUUGUCUGUUCCCGAUGUAAGGUGGGGUUCUGCUUUGUGUGUCUGAAGGUCACUAAAGAGUGUUCACUUAAAACACUUUCAUAUUUUGAACCUUGCUCCAGCGGUGUCGCCCCGAGACAAACCUCCAUACCUGUGUGGCAGAAAAAAUAA